ACUGACAAGAUAAUGGCAAUUCAUAUAGAUUCAGCAUCAAAAUAUAUUCGAGGAAUAACGAUUGACAAGCCAUCUUUUACACUUAACCCCACUUAUGAUAAGGAACGCGACAUAUUUAAAAUUAACUUUGUAGAUUCUAUUUCCAUGACUACAUUACAAAAAACUGAUGUUGAGGAUGUCGAGAUAGAAAUAGAUGAUGAAGGAAAACUC